AUGGACCACUUCCCAGGGCCGGAGACGCGACCGCAAAAGACCGACGAGUCCGAAAGCCACCAAGCACCCAAACAACCCCAACGUAUCCCCGAACCCGUGUUACCGGUGAGGAACCCUUCAAUCAUUACACCUGCCGACCCUCCUACGCAAAGGACUGUCGACUAUACAGCUGCAUAUGGAACUUCGAAUUCUCAAAUCACAGUACAAUCACCCCUUGAUUUCGCCCAUGAUCGCUGGGAUGCUAUACUUCGACGUCCCAUCAGUCACAUGGGCCCGACACCAAAUAAUCCCCUCAACAAUUUUGGCGUGUCUAACGGUCUCUGCUUUCCAUGGUCUCUUGAACCCAACAUUGAAAUGAAGGAACUAUUGGCCAUCGUUCCGGCUCAUCACAACUGUGAAUAUUUGAUAAAUCAUUACUUUCAGCACAUGUCCCCCUUAUUCCACAUCCUUCAUGGUCCGACUUUCGAAAAAGACUAUCGCGCCUUCGUGCAAGAUCCUUCCAAGACGAGUUUAUCAUGGCUUGCUUUGGUAUUUAUGGUCCUGUCCAUGGCAGUUCAUGCAAUUGAUGACGAAGAUGCCUUGCUGCGGGAGCUAUGUCCGCAGACAAUGGACGGCUUCAAGCCAGAGCAGAUUGCCCAUCAAUACCGGACUGCCGGUAUGAUGGCUUUAUCAAUGGAUAAUUUUCUGAUUCAUCAUGAUCUAAAUACGCUAGAGGCCCUUUUGCUUCUGUGCUACGGUAUUAAUCACUGGGAAGGGGUAGAAUAUAGCUGGGUCCUACUAGGCAUGGCGCGGAAUAUGGGCAUGUCUCUUUAUUGCAACAUAAAUCCGAGUAUACGGUUGGAAGGAGUGGAUUAUAUCGAUCUGGAACGACGCAGUCGUUGUUGGGCUGGAAUUCUGCUCCUUCACACGAAUCAGGCUAUAUCGUAUCCUGAUAUCGAUAUGUCAUCUUUCCCGAGUAGCACAACAAGGAUGCCAGCGAUCGUCAACGACAGCGACAUUCGAUCGAACGGUAUAUCGACGCCCAAGACGCAUAUAACUCAGAUGUCAGUAAUGCAGUUCAAGCUUGAAAUCUUUCAAUUAUCAAGCCGAAUAUGCAGCCAUCUUUCCAACCAGGCGACUCUUUCUCCCGAAACACUGGCAAAAUUUGAUUCUGAGAUCCUGGCACAGCAGGUAAAAUGGGAAUCCGCAUUUCUUGUUAAUGGUUCACCCAGCGUUCUCGAGGCUCCAAGCCACGCGUAUUGGUGUAUCCUACAGCUUUACGCCCAUCAGCUUUAUCUGCUUCUAUACCGACCCACCCGACACUCCUCGAAAGCACCUGCUGGGUCUCAACCCUCCCAGCUAUCACGAGAAAAGUGCGUCAAAUCGGGAGCAGCUUUAUUGGAUCUUCAUGGACGCUUGUUUUCACUGCCAACCCUGCGCCCCUACCGAUGGUAUGUCUACGGCGUGACCAGCCUUUACGCUGUCCACGGGGCGGUUGCUUUGGCUUCAUGUCUUCUUGAUGAUCGCGGUGGGAAUAUUGAUACCUCGCAUUAUCGAAUUGCUUUCGAUGCCGCCAUUGAUCGAAUUGCGAAGCUUCAAGGUCGGAGCCAGGUCUGUGCUAAGGCAUAUCCAUUUCUCCAAUAUUUACAAAGUAUGUUAUUCCCGGGACAGUUCCAGUGGGCCGAGCCCACUGGGGCCCAACUCGGUAAUACACUGGAUGAAUGGAUUGACAACGUCGAUUGGAUUAACCACGAUACUGUGAAUUGGGAAUUUUGGGAUGAUAUCCUGAACUCGGAAUCAUUUUCCAACAUUGAUCCAGCGAUUCCGCAGUAG